AUCAAUAUACAAAGAAACCAAUAAAAAAAUGGAUUGUAACUGUGGUCCGGGUUAUCCAUCUCCUUUGUUAGCAAUAAAAGGAGAAAAAGAAAAGUUAAUUUAUUUCCCAUGCAUACAAGAUCAUUCACAGAACUUUUCUUCCGAAUAGUGUUGAUGAGCUUCAUCAUAGUGGUUGGAAUUCUUGUAGCAGCUGUUACAAUAAUCCAAAUUACAAACGAAAUCUGUUAAUUUUGCCAUCAGUUAACUCUGGGCGAGUAUAUGCGUUUGAUGUAGCGACAGAUCCAAGAGCACCUAUUCUGAAGCAUGUUAUUCAGAAUGAUGAAAUGUUCGAAAAUGCAAAACUAUGUUACUUACAUACAACACAUUGUCUUGCAGAUGGUAAUAUUAUGAUCAGCGGCAUGGGUGACAAAGAUGGAAACCCAAAAGGUAGCUUUGCCUUGGUUGAUGGUAAAACUUUGAAGGUUGUUGGUAAUUGGGAAAAAGUGGGUGAUCAAGUACCAUUUGGAUAUGAUUUUUGGUAUAAACCUCGGCAAAAUGUUAUGGUUAGUUCUGAGUUGGGAUCGCCAAAAUGUUUCAUGACUGGUUUUAAUCCGUCUCAUGUUGCUGAAGGAAAGUAUGGCCAUUCUCUCCACUUUUGGAAGUGGAAAGAACACGAAUAUAUCAAAUCUAUAGAUUUAGGUGCAGAUGGCCAAAUUCCUUUAGAGUUACGCUUUUUGCACAACCCAGACUCGUCAGAAGGUUUUGUGGGAUGCGCACUUAGCAGCAAUAUAUUUAGAAUCUUUAUUAACGAUAAAAAUGAAUGGGAUGCAGAAAAAGUCAUAGACGUUCCAUCUGUUAAAGUUGAGGGUUGGGCAUUGCCUGAAGUACCUUCUCUUAUAACUGAUAUUUUAAUUUCCCUUGAUGACAAAUAUCUUUAUUUUUCUAAUUGGCUUCAAGGAGACAUUCGCCAGUAUGAUAUUACUGAUACAAAAAAUCCUAAAUUAGUUGGUCAGGUAUUUAUUAACGGCAGUUUAGCAAAAGACUCUUUUGUUAAAGUUUUAGAUGAGAACUUUAAGCAACCAGAACCAAUUUUUAUUAAUAACAAAAGAGUUGAAGGUGGUCCUCAAAUGAUUCAGUUGAGCUUAGAUGGAAAGCGUUUAUAUGUUUCCACCUCACUGCUUUCAGUUUGGGACAAACAGUUUUACCCGAAUAUGAUGAUGAGUGGAAGUUUUGUGUUGCAAGUUGAUGUAGAUGUUUUAAAUGGUGGCCUAAAAUUAAAUGAAAAUUUUUUCAUCGACUGUGGAUUAGAGCCUGAUGGACCAGUUCUUGCUCAUGAAAUUCGCUAUCCGGGUGGUGAUUGUUCAUCAGAUAUAUGGUUGUAACUUAGUGAAGUGUUAUUAUUAACAGUUGUAUUUGUAAAACGGUGUCUCUUUGUAUUAAAAAUUUGAUAUGUAUAAACUGUUAUAAUAAAUUUUUUAAAUUUUGCAUAA